AUGCCUCCCUCUCGCGAGGCCAUGGUUCACCGUGGGGAUGAAGACGAGGUGUGCCCCGUCUGCAAAUCCUCGCGGUACUUGAACCCGGACAUGCGAUUCCUCAUCAACCCAGAAUGUUACCAUAAAAUGUGCGAGUCCUGCGUGGACAGGAUAUUCUCGUCAGGACCUGCCAACUGCCCGGUGGCGGGGUGUCACAAGACACUGCGAAAGAACCGAUUUCGCAAGCAGACUUUUGAAGAUAUUCAUGUAGAAAGAGAGGUGGAUAUCCGGCGGCGGGUUAUGACAAUACUCAACCGCCGAGAAGAGGAGUUCGAUUCGAAGCUAGACUGGGACAACUUCUUGGAGCAGAGAGAGGAGAUCAUAUUCAACCUCGUCAACGGAAUCGACGUCGCAAAAACCGAGGCCGACCUCCAGAAAUAUGCGUCCAAUAACAUGCGCUCCAUCCGCGCGAACCAAGCGCUCGAGGCCAAGGAAGUCACCUCGUUCCAGGAGCGGCAGAACCAAGAGCAGGAGCUGGCACGACUGCGACGAGAGGCGGCUAGAGAAGAAUACGAGAACGAGCGCAAGGAAAUACUGGCCGGCAGAGAGGACGUGCUCACACGACUUGCAAGCGGACGUCCAGCGGAUGCUGCUACGAUUGCACGUGAAGGCCAGAGAGUCCUGCUCAAGAAGUCUUCGGCUCGACGCAGCGAGGAGGAACGUAUCAGACUGAAGCAGGCUGCUCUACGUGGAACAGAGGCCAAGAAGCCUGGUCAACCUGCGGCGGCAGCUGAGGAGGGUAGCUCUGGUUUGAUCAAGGGUUUGAGAAAGAUCAAGACACCCGAGCCCGAGAAGCCGUACGAUCCUUUUGGCGGCAUGGUUCCCAACAAGAGAGAUUAUUAUACCUUGCUAGACCAUUACCCGUCUACGUAUCUUGACCCGAUCCGGCAGGAUACUCGGAUGCUGGCGGGCGGGUACGACUUGCAAGAGUAUUAUUCCCGAACCCUGCUUGAGGCCUUUGCGGGAUUGGGAUGUUUUAUUGAUGAGGAGGUCUCGAAACGAGAGGGCAACGCUUUCAAUGCCAUGAAGCCUGUGGGUACACGGGGCGCAGCUGUGGCCACAACCUCAGGCCCGCAAGCGAACAAGUGA